CAAGUCGCUCCCGGCAUAUAGUCAGUACUAGUCACGUUCUUAUCUCAUGGCACGUAGUUGACCUGUAUUUCAUGCUUCACCUGUCCGAAUUUUACAUUUCCCUUUACCACCAAUUGGAAGUCGGAAGUGGUACUAUUCUCGAAGGCGCGGCAAAUCGUCAUGCCGCCAUACCAGUUGCUUUUAGCAGAAGCACUCGUCGGGGGAGCAACAAUCAGUUGUUUCGCGCUUUUCCUGGCGCAGUCUCAACAGCAGAAGAUACGCUUGCCGACUACCCAAGACGCUAGUUUGGCAAACGAUGUGAACCAGGAUGAUCCUUUUAACGUGACCAAACCGGAAGAUUUUAUCAAUGGAGAACCGAUUGAUGAGGACGCGUUCUGGUUCAAAAUGCGCAAUAGAAAAUUACUCCUUGUCUUCCUUUCAGCGGUGAUCCUUGUGCUCGAGGGCAUUUCUCUGGGCUGGUCGGCCUACCCAGAUGGCCAGAACAUGCUUACAGAGCAUAUAUUUCGGACUACGUUUGCACUCUACGUCGGCGUUCUAGCGGUUCGUUCCGUUGGCCAAUCCACCACGGACAAUCAUUCCGAGUCAAUGAUACAUAUCACGGCUUUGACCUUCUUCUCCUCGGUCCUUCACUUCGCCGCAGCAAUCCUUCCUUCAUCUGACUCUAUCUUGACUCGCAAUCUACAAGCUUUUCCUUCAUCGCUUGCUUUCUGGUACAGCAUGACCGUGUUGUAUACCUUGGCUUUUGCGAUAGUUGCGACAGCACCCCGCGGACCACCGUUGCACUUUUCUCCUUCACUUAUCUACUCUCAAAAAACCAUACACGACACGACCAAUGAGUCAUACGAGAACGUCAGCGGCCUUCCGGGCACCUCUGUGAUCGAUUUUCUGUUUUUCCGCUUCGUGACACGCGUCAUUCAUCUCGGAAGUUCUGUUUCGGUCGAAAUUGGCGACUUGCCAAUCCUUCCGAUGAAGAUGCGGGCGACCUAUCAGUUCUUUAGAAUGCGCAUGAAUCUUCGUAGAAAUCCUCUCAAGCCAGGAUGGGACCUCGCUUGGCGCCUUAUCAAUGUCAACAAGCUUGCAUUUGGCGCAGAAAUACUCUUGGCCGCCGCAGCUGCUCCUAUGUGGUUUGGGUCUCCGUUCUUCGUUCGCAAGCUCAUCGCAUACCUGGAAGAUGAUCCUGAACGCCUUGAUAAAGGAUGGGGAUGGGUAUACGCUUUUGGACAGUUUGCAUCCCUUAUUAUUGUCACACAGCUCAACUCUCAAAUGUGGAACCUCGCGACUUCCAUUAUCCAAAUUCGCUUGCGAAUGCAGCUCAAUACCAUGCUUUUCGCGAAGACACUAGUUCGGAAGGAUGUUGUAUCUUCUGCUGGCUCUGGGUCCGACGAGAACAAUGAUAAAAAAUCGAAAAAUGCCGAUGGAGAAAGCAAAGACAAGGCCGAGGAAGAAAACGAAUUUUCGAGCAAAGCGCAGGUUAUGACUUUAAUGACCACUGAUGUUGAUCGAGUCGCCGAGUUUCCUUAUCAUCUUUUCGCUAUCGCGGAUUCUCCGAUCGAAAUUGUUGUAGGGACGACGUUGCUGUACAGCAUGCUUGGUGUCUCGUGCUUCAUUGGUCUUGCGGUCAUCUGUCUUUUCCUGCCAUUAAAUCACUUUGCAGGUAAAGUAGUGAUCAGUACACAGGACAACUUGAUGAAGGCCAGGGACGAACGGGUCUCGCUCAUGAACGAGAUAUUGGGCGGCAUUCGUAUGCUCAAGUUCAUGGCAUGGGAGCGCAGCUUCGAAAAACGCGUACUGAAAAUCCGUGAGAGAGAGCUGAAAUACCAAAAAUUGAACUACAGGAUUGAGGUCGUGUUUGCCGCUAUCUGGGAGGCGUCUCCUCUAAUUGUCACCUUAGUUUCCUUCUGGCACUUCGCAGUCUGGCGUCAGCAGACCUUGACUCCCUCUAUCGCCUUCACAUCUAUGCUUGUUUUCAACGAAAUGCGUUUUGCAAUGAAUGCGCUACCAGAAACUUUCAUAAAUCUGCUCCAGGUUCACGUUUCGCUCAAACGGAUUGGAAAGUACCUUCAACUCACCGAGGUGGCGCCUGUACCCCCGCUCUCGGCUGCACCCGCCAUCAACCUCAUCGCUGUUCAAUCUGCUAGCAUUACAUGGCCCCAUGAUCGCUCUGCGGACUCAUCAGCAGCUUCCACGCCCCGGCACAAGUUCAUGCUUGUUGAUCUUGCUCUGAAAUUCCCUGAAGGACAACUUUCGCUCGUUUGUGGUAAGCUAGGCAGUGGAAAGACCCUGUUAUUAUUGGCUUUACUCGGCGAGGCGGACGUCCUCACCGGCCAGGUCAUUUGUCCGCGUUCACCACCAGACGCACUUGCUUCCUUUGCCGACCAGAAGGUCACAAAGGAAGAAUGGAUAGUGCCUGGCGUUUGCGCCUACGUACCACAGGCUGCCUGGCUGCGGAAUGCUUCUAUUAAAGACAAUAUCUUGUUCGGUCUACCAUUUGACGAAGAGCGCUAUCAGAAGACAUUAGAGAUCUGUGCACUCAUCAGCGAUCUCAUGAUCCUUGAGGAUGGAGACCAGUCCGAAAUUGGCGAGCGUGGCGUGAAUUUGUCAGGUGGACAGAAGGCUCGAGUUUCCUUGGCUCGGGCUGUUUAUUCCCGAGCGUCCAUCUUGUUGCUUGACGAUGUUCUGUCUGCUGUUGACGCUCAUACGGCUCAUCACAUCUACUACAAAUGCAUCAAAGGAGAGCUGAUGCACGGGCGAACGGUGAUCCUUGUGUCACAUCAUGUCCAACUUUGCUUGACUGGUGCUUCAUAUGUUGUCGCUCUUGAUAACGGGCAUCUUCUAUUCGCUGGUGAACGCGAAGCCUUUGACGCAUCGCCUGUGAAGGGGACAUUGGUGCAGACCAUGGGUGGCACUAGCAAGAAGCAGGGCGCAGCAAGCACUUCGAGGAAUCCAGCGGUGCCUGCAGGCCAUUCUCCCGUUGCUACACUCGUGGAAGAUGGUGUGGAACCUGACCCGACAUCCGAGACGAGCUCCACCGUGGUCAAUGAGCCACAGGCAAUUGUGGAGCGGAAAGCACCCAGGAAACUUGUGGAAGACGAGAAACGCGCUGUAGGCCGCGUUAGUCGUGAUGUCUGGGAGCUUUAUGUGAAAUCGUGCGGCGCCUAUGGAUACUGGGCAUGGUUCUUGUCCAUUCUCGUGUUGGGUGCCCUCUGUCCUGUUGCAGAGAACUGGUGGCUUAAGAUAUGGUCGGGAUCGAGCACAGAAGAGGUCGAGGCCAAAGGACCGGUGUACUACAUUGUCAUUUAUGCUGUGGUCACUCUCACAGGUGUCUUUAUUUCGACUUACAGAUACUUCGUACUGUAUAACGGCUCUAUCCACGCGUCCGCCGUUUUAUACCAAAAACUUCUGGAAACUGUGUUAUUUGCGAACAUUCGGUUCCAUGAUACCGUGUCGCGGGGGAGGCUCCUGAACCGAUUCGGGAAAGACUUCGAAGGCAUUGACAGUCGACUCUCGGAUUCCUUUGGUCGAAGUAUCAUCUUUGCGUUGACUUUCAUCGUCAUGGUUCUGUCUGUCACUUUGGCGGGCGGUGUUCCCUUCCUCAUUGCUAUCAUUUUCCUUGGCUUUAUGUACUUUAAUGUUGCAAAGGACUAUGGACAAGCUGCUAGAGAUAUGCGGCGGCUGGACUCGGUAGCGCGGUCCCCCCUUUACUCUAUCUAUGGUGAAACCAUUGCCGGAGCACCUAUCCUUCGAGCUUUCGGUGCUUCGUCAAAGUUUUUGCGAGACAUGCUUCGCUGCGUCGAUACGAAUACAAACCCGAACUAUUGGCAAUGGGCUGUCAAUCGUUGGCUCUCCGCCCGGUUCGACCUGUUGUCUGCUGCGACCGUUGGUGUGACAGGUCUCAUCGCCGUUUCCACCCCGACCAUCUCAGCUGCGCUCGCUGGAUUUGCUCUUUCGUUUGCUGGAGGCAUGACUUGGACAUUGCUAUUCCUGGUGCGGCGGUUCGUUGGCCUUGAACAAUCCAUGGUCGCCCUGGAGCGUGUCAAGGAGUAUUCGGAGCUUAAACGCGAGCCUCCUGAAUUCAUCGAACCACGUCCGCCAACUUCUUGGCCAGACCGAGGUGCUAUCAAAUGCGAAAACUUGAUCAUUCGUUAUGCACCUGACUUGCCUGAUGUUCUUCACAACUUGAACUUCGAGAUACACCCCGGAGAGAAGGUCGGCAUCCUAGGCCGCACGGGUUCCGGAAAGAGCACCCUCGCACUGUCGUUCUUCCGCUUUGUGGAGGCGACAGAGGGUUGCAUCACCAUUGACAAUCUGGACAUCUCCAAAAUGGGACUUUCAGAUCUUCGCAGCAAGCUCACUAUCAUUCCUCAGGACCCUACCAUCCUUAGCGGCACUUUGCGAUCCACGCUGGAUGUAUUCGACGAGUAUGAAGACGCGGAGAUUUUCGAAUCUCUUCGACGUGUGCAUUUGAUUCCAUCUGAUGAUGUCGACGGCGUUGUUAACAUUGACGGUGUUGAGAUCAAUGUCAAUGUUUUCCGAAACCUAGACUCGCCUGUAUCGGAAGGAGGGGAGAACUUCUCUACGGGCGAGAAGCAGCUUCUAUGCAUGGCCCGGGCAAUCCUGAAGCGGUCGAAAGUUUUGGUCAUGGACGAGGCAACAGCAAGCGUUGACUACGCGACUGACGAACUCAUUGGAAAGACGAUCAGACAAGAAUUUGCGAAUAGCACCAUUCUUACCAUCGCGCACCGACUGCGCACCGUCAUCGAUUAUGAUAGGGUGAUACUCCUCGACCAGGGCAAAAUCGUUGAGUUUGAUCGUCCUGCUGUUCUGCUUUCCGACCCUUCGUCCCAAUUCUACGGGUUGUGUGAGGCAACGGGCGAGAAUGAAUUUGCGAUGUUGAAAAAUCUAGCUGGGUUAUGAUAAAGUUAUCAAAACCACGGAGCACUAUUCAUACAGCACGAUACCAGAAGGCCAACUUGGUUGAUACGUAUUAGAAUGUACUUCCACAACACAUAAUCUUAUGAUGACCUUGGAGCGUCGUCCACCCACGUGCGUCUCGUGUGCGCUUACCUA